AUGAACGAAGAGCAAGAGCGGGCAUUUAAACACGCACGCUAUUCGCAUCAACAACAACAACAACAAUAUCAGCAACACCAACAGCAGCAACAGUCCCAGCAGCAACAGUCCCAACAACAACAACAACAACAACAACAACAGCAGCAGCUGUCGUCCAGGUUCUUGCACACACCACCCACUGCUGGCUCACCGUCGAUACAAGUCAAGUCUUCCCCGCCCAACUUCUCGGCAUCGCCCCUGCGUACCCAGUCUCAAUUGCAAUCUCACGUGCAAGCUCAAGUAAUGCAGCCUUCGUUGCCGUCGUUGCCGAUGCCUUCACACCAUCAACAACAGCAGCAGCAACAACAACAACAACCUCAGCAUCUUCAUUUACCGCCUUAUCAAUCCACACCCCCGCAACAACAUCAACAGCCUCCGCCGCCACAACAGCCACAGCAGCAGCAGGCGCCACCAUUACCACCUCCGCAGUCUGUAACCCAUCGUCCGUCGCAAUCACCCAUACCACCGCCGUCCAUACCUCCAGGUGCAACGACCAUUGCUCCUGUCUCUUCCAGCGUGGCAUCAAGUAUGGCAGCAGCCGCCGCCGCCGCUGCUGCUGCUGCUGCAGUUUCGCAAAGUCUUCCUGCCCUACCGCCAACAUUGGCACAAUCACCCCACACUACGGCGGCCACGGCCAUGUUGAAUGGAAACGGCAUCCCUACUACUAGCUCGGCUCAUAGUUCGGCUCCUACAAGUGUGACAGCUACAAGUCAGGCUACGACCACGCCUCCUGUUGCUGCUGUUGCUGGUAGUACAACUACGACGACGACGACGACAACCACUGCUCCCAACGGACGGGUAUCUCCAAAACAACAGCAACAAGCCAAACAAGAGGUGCUGACAUUGGAAGAAUUUGUGCAUGCGUUGCAGCAAGAGACAGAAUUCGACCGGAAACAUUACAAUGUGGAGAUCACGCCGUUGAUAUUACGGAUGGGUGAAGGCGCUGGGUUCUCGCAAUUGGGCCGUGGGGUGUGCGAACGUGUGCUGUCAGGAACCAAGUUCAACUUUAGCUUAAAAGAUCAACGACGGUCCAUCAAGACCCCUGAUACCUUAUCGACCCUACGAUACUAUUGCUCCCAGCGAGCAGAUACAGCCAAACCAAGAAAAGCCAGUGAUCAUCCCAAAGCUACGAACCGAUACGACUGCGCAGGCGCAUUGACGAUUAUCAUCGACUUGACGAAAAAGACAGCACAUGUGACGUUAAUACACAAGCAUUCCCAUCCACCGUUUGUUCCACAUCAUCACCAUCAUUAUCACAACAACAACAACAACAACAACUCUUCAUCAUCUCAACAAGCAUCCUCAUCACAAACUGCUCAGCAACAGCAAGCACAGGCUGCCGCUGCAGCCGCUCAGCAAGCGGCUCAACAGCAACACCAGAAACGAUUAGCGCAACAACGGAAGGCUGCCAAACAAAUUGACCAACAAUUCGAGACACUCAAACAGAAGGUGGCAGGGUUUGGCAGGUUACUGGAAUCGCAGCAGCCAUUCAAGAACAAGGAUUUUGUCCAAACGGCUGGUGAGGCUUUUGCGGGUGCAGAAGAAAUGCUGGCGGCUUGUCUAGCGGCAGAUCAGGCUGCUGCGGCUGGCAUCAUGGUGCCGCAACAACAGCACACGAAUGCCACCACCGCCGAAUCCAAGUAUACCAUGCAUUACAAUAAGAAAGGAAACGUGUAAUCAAUCCCCUCUAUUCUUUUUCUCUAGGUUGUGUGUAUAUAUUAAAAAAACAAUGGGAAACUCUUUUUUUUCUCUCUCUCUCUCUUUUAAAAACAUUCAUCCAACAAACAUUGCUGAAAGGAGAUACUUUGUUGCUGUGGGUUGUCAAUGCGUGAUACAC